UUAAAUGACACCAAGCAAAGCCUACUUAGUUUAGAUUUCCAGGAAUUUGUUGGUGAAAAAAAAACUCAAACAUGAAACGUGCAGUUUUGUUUUGUCUCAUUCUGCUUAUCAUUUUUCAAACUGAUGGUGAACAAAGUGAACAAACUCCUAGACGGCAAAGAAGGAUGCACCAGAGAAGACUCAGGAAAAGCUCUCUCCGCCACCAUAGAGCACACAGGCAGCAUGAGAUUCAGCAAACCACUGCUACACCAGAGGCCAACUUACUCACUGCCAGCUCUGAUCACAGUGUGGAGGAAAACGUAGAAUCACUUCUAAGUCAUCAGGGAGUGGAGUCAAGCUACAAUGUGUUACCAGGAAAGAAAGGACACUGCUCUGUAAAGGGCAUGAUCAUGUACAACAAAGCCGUUUGGUCUCCUGAGCCCUGCACCACCUGCCUCUGCUCAAAUGGAAGAGUAUUCUGUGAUGAAACUGUGUGCUACCCCAAGGCGUGCCCCUAUACCAUAAGACUGGAAGGAGAAUGCUGCCCCAUCUGCUCUAAUGCUGAACAAAGAGAAUCCAUUCACAAGCAAGGGCCACCUCCUCAGAUGGAAAUGGAUCAAGUAGUCAUAGAAGAAGCUCUUCAAUCUGAGGAGGAUGAAGAAGAAGAUAAAGGACAUAUGGCGCACAAGAAAGAGACCGCUGAGCCUACUAAACUUCACAAUGAUGGGGAAAGAACAGAGGGAAAGCUGAGACCUGAGGAGGAAGGCAGGUCAGCACAUCAACCACUCUACCAUGGAAGAAGUGAGGAAGAGGAUGGUGAGGAGGAAACUGACAGGGAAGGAGAGGAAGGAGAGGAGGAAGAGGAGGAAGAAGAGGAGGAGGAUGUAGUAAGAGGAGAUGUGUUCCAAAUGCCUUCGCGGUUAACCCCUAGUAUCCCAAGACAUAGGCCACGACUGCCCAGAAGCUGUUCGCUGUCCUACAGGACGAUCAGCUGCCUCCAUGCAGCUUUCACCCACAUCCCACCAAUAACAGCACCAGAAGUAACAAGCCUGGAGCUGGCUGGUAAUUCAAUCAUCUCCAUUCCUGAUGAAGCAUUUAAUGGAUUACCAAAUUUGGAAAGACUUGAUCUGAGCAGAAAUAAUAUCACUUCUUCGGGAAUAGGUCGAAAAGCAUUCAAGUUUUUGAAGAAGUUAAUACGCCUGAACAUGGAUGGAAAUAGUUUGGUACAUAUUCCUUCAGAAUUACCAUCUACACUGGAAGAACUCAAAAUAAAUGACAACAAUCUCCAGGCUAUCGAUGAAAAAAGUUUAUCAGACUUAAAUCAACUUGUCACCUUAGAAUUGGAAGGAAAUAAUCUCAGUGAAAUCAAUGUCAACCCUUUAGCUUUCAAAUCUUUGAAGAGCCUAUCAUACCUCCGUCUGGGAAAAAACAAAUUUAGAAUCAUACCACAAGGUCUUCCUGCUUCUAUUGAGGAGUUAUACCUAGAAAAUAAUCAAAUUGAAGAAAUAACUGAAAUUUGUUUCAAUCACACCAGAAAGAUCACUAUGAUUGUAUUACGUUAUAAUAAAAUAGAAGAAAGUCGGAUUGCGCCUUUAGCAUGGAUAAAUCAAGAAAAUCUUGAAUCUAUCGAUCUGUCCUACAACAAGCUUUACCACGUUCCCUCCUAUCUACCCAAGUCUCUGCUGCACCUUGUACUAAUUGGGAACCAAAUUGAACGGAUCCCUGGCUAUGUGUUUGGCCACAUGGAACCAGGCCUGGAGUACUUGUACCUGUCUUUUAAUAGACUUUCUGAUGAUGGUGUGGACCUGGUCUCAUUCUAUGGGGCAUAUCAUUCUCUGAGAGAAUUAUUUCUGGAUCACAAUGACCUAAAGUCCAUACCACCCGGAAUAGGAGAAAUGAAAGCACUGCAUUUUCUGAGGCUGAACAACAAUAAGAUUCGGAAUAUUCUUCCAGAACAAAUCUGCAGUGCUGAAGAGGAUGAGGACUCAGCUCUAGAAUAUCUUCAUCUUGAAAACAAUUAUAUUAGAGUUAGAGAAAUCUCAUCCUAUGCAUUUUCAUGCAUAAGACUGUAUUCAAGUAUUGUUCUUAAACCACAAAACAUCAAGUAGCUUCAAGUUUUCUUUGGCUACUUAU